UGCAAAAAUUAAAAAGCUUCUGAUGAUCAUAAUUUCUAUAAAAUUCUGGUUAAGGUUAAUUAUUCAACUUCAAAUAUCCUAUUUCAAAUUGAACUAGAUAAUCCUUCUAAAUUGCUGAGUAAAUUAAAACAUUUAUGUAUUUAUAUUUAAUAACUCUGGUCCCAACGGCAAGCUGCCUGCCUAUAAGCGUGAAAGCAGGAGGACUGACUGCGACGGACAGGGGAGUAGAAGCCGGGCUCAACUGCUAGGAGAUUAACGAUGGAAUCAUCAACAUCUUCUUCGUCUGUCAUAACGCCAGAAGAUGUAAUGGGGACAUUGAUGAACGAUGGAACAAUUGAUUCCAUGAGGUUGAAAAUCAUUACUCAGCUCAAAGCUAAUGAAGAACUCAAAAAUACCACCAUAAAGAUGGUUGAGCAAAGCAGGGUUCUGAACACCCCUGGUGCGGAAAAGCAGACCAAAAGGGAGCUCUUUGACGCAUUGCGGCAAGAACUUGAGUCUUCAGUGCUUGAGAAAGCCUCUAAAUCAGUUUGGGAUCUUAUUUUGGAUAACAAUGGGAUAGGGAAGGAAAUAAGUGAAACUGUUGAACAAGUAUUCUGUCGGUUGAGUGGAAGAGAAGCACCAUUAUUUGUGUCGGAUUUUGGACCUCAACCAGAGAAAGGGAAAGAGAAAAAGAGCGAAAGCGGGGAAACUGGGAAAGAUAAUUCUGAAUCUUCUGCAGCAAAGAAGAGAAAGAUGAACACAGAAGAGGAGUUUGAUGAAGCUGUCUGCAAAUCUAGUGACAAAUCAACCUCAUCAGACGAUUCUAGUAAAAUGCCUCCACCAAGUGUGAGAAGUUCCUGAAUCAACUCCAUUGUGUUUUAUCCAGCUUUUAGUGAGUUCUCCCUGCCCUCUUUUUUGUUCGCAGAUACCAGGAGAAUCGUUUUCACCUAUACUGGCUCAACAUAUUUAACUUUUAACGGGUUUGUUCAAUUCUAAAAAAGUUAUAACUCA